AUGUCAUUUUGUUUUGUUAAAAUGAAAAUUGUAAGUUCGAUAAUAUUUUUUCUUUUAUUAUUUUUUGUAAAUUUAUUUUUUGUAAAAUCGAGAUUUAAAAAUAGUGAGCAUUAUAACGUCCCAUUAAAUGUCUUAUUUAAUAAUGGAAAGAAUAUAAGAAAAAGAUUAUGCCAUGAUUGUUUUUAUACAAAUGAAGUGAAUUUAAUAUAUAAAAGUUGUAAAGCAUUUGAAAAUGUUAAUUAUUCAAAGAUCAAUAAAUCGAAAAUUUUACAUUUUAUUCACCAGUCUCCAAAAAUAAUUAAGAAAUAUGUUACAGUAAAAGCCAAAUAUAAACUUGAUAUCUUAUCACCUAAAUAUAUUAAAAGUUUUGUUGAAGAUAAGCUUGAUAUUUUUUUUAAUGGAAUGAUAUUAAUGAAUAAGACAUAUAACCGGCAUGGAAUUAUUUUAAAUUUUUUUAACUUUUUCAGGACUCUCCUUUUUCGGUUUAUAACGAUGUACAUUAUGCAGAUAUGCACCUCCUUUUUCCUGUUUCACUAUUUGAAUAUUGUCUCUCAAAAAACUCAAUCAAGCAUUUUACACAUUAGUGGGACAAAGUAUGUUUCAAGAAUUAUUGGAUUCAUUCAGUUAAAUUUAGUUAAUUACUACAUUAAUGUGUUGAGUGAAGUUAUACAAUUAGUAUUAUUAAGAAUAUUAUUUAACAAAUAUGAAGUUCAACUUAUUAAAACUAUAUUAUAUAAUAGUGCAGACUAUUUUAUAAAUAAAUCUUUGAAAAAUAGUUACGAGAUUAUGUAUCAAUGUGCAAAGAAACUUGUCAUAACAAAAUUUAAUAAACUAAGUUUGUUUACUUUUAACUAUUUACGCUACUUUGUUUUAACAAAUCUUUUUUUCAAACUGUUUAACGGAAGCUAUAACAAGUUUUCACCUAGUGAUGUGAAAAUGCCAGGAGUUUACUCAAACCCAAGGAAGAGUCUUGAAAAAGAUAUGACAUAUGCUACAAAAAGAGAAAUAGACAUAUUACGAAAUUAUUGUAAAGAGACAGGAUGUCAUACAUGCGGAGCAGUUUGUUAUGACAAAUUUAUUGGGGAUCAUCAACCACCUAUACAAGUUGUUAAAGACACAAUCGAAUAUUAUAAAAAAAAAAAAUUUAUUUUAUAUUUUUUAAAAUUAUUUAAAUUAUAUGAUACAAAACAAAGAUUAUAUCCUCAAUGUCUUCGAUGCUCACAAUUACAAUCUGCUUCCGUCCGUUGCAAAAAAUUAAAAUUAAUUCCGCAUUAUAACACAGUACGGAUAUUUCAUUUUUCUACUGUUUUUCAUUUAUUUUUAAAAAUGCUAUUGCUAACAAAAUGGAAAAAAAUAAUUUUUUGGGAUGGAGAUAAUGUAGAUUGA